ACCAAUGAGGAAGUUUUACUUUGCUUCUUUGUUUAGUGUCUUCAAGUGCGUAUUUUUUAUAUUUCAGAAACCUUUAGCUAGUGUACAAAUAACGAGCGUCAUCUAGUCUGCAACUCAACUUCAUGCACUUUUAUGAUUUUGUUUUGAUUGAGUUCAUUUAGUGUACAUCAUUUCUCAUAACGGUAGCUAGUUAGCUAGUUAGCAAAUACAGUCAGGAGCAUUUAUUGAUGUCAAUCUCUGAAGGUUUGCUCAAAUCAUGAUGGAUGGUGAAAACAAACCCUGCCUGCAGCUCUCCUUUACCGCACCUAAAUCUGAGGGUCCUGAUUGUAACAGGAAAGUCCAGAGUGAACAGCAGGAUCCAGAGAUGGCAUCAGUGAAGCAGGAAGACUGCAGUCAAACACUGGGGCUGAAUGUCAACAUUAAAGAUGAAGUAAAGGAGGAAGAGAUUGAAACAUUUGUGUAUCAUGGGCCGGCUGGAGAGUUAAAAGAAGAGACGGAAGAACACCAAGUCUUACUACUCAAAGGAGAAGGACCUGACUACACUGAAUUUAAGGUUGAAGUUGAAACGUCCAGAGCGCAACACAGUGUAGAAAGCAAAGCUAAGGAGUCUAACCACUGCCCACACUGUGAGAAGAGCUUCCCAUUCCCAUCAUAUCUUGAAAGACACCUGCGGAAACAUACUGGAGAGAAGCCUUAUUCCUGCUCUGUCUGUGGGAAGUGCUUCAGGACCUCAACUCAUUUAACCACUCACCGGGGAGUUCACACAGGGGAGAGACCUUACUCCUGCUCUGACUGUGGAAAGUGUUUCUCUCUUAUAAGUAACUUUAAACAACACCAGCGAACACAUUCCGGAGAGAAACCUUACUCCUGCUCCGAUUGUGGAGACACUUUUUCUCAACAUGGUAACAUGCGGCGGCACCAGAAAAGACACACUGGAGAGAAACCUUACUCCUGCUCCGAUUGUGGGAAGAGUUUCAUUACAACAUCUGAAUUAAUCAGUCACCAGAGAGUGCACACAGGAGAGAAACCUUUCCACUGUUCUGUCUGUGGGCAGAAUUACUUUAGCCUGAGUAACUUAAUACGCCACCAGAGAAUGCACACCUAGGACAGAAGCCAUAAUCCUGCUUGACUGUGUGACGUGCUUCAAAACAUAAUCUGAACAAGAGGUCUUCACGAAUCCACCCGUACCCGGAAUACCCGAGAACCGAUCCGAUCCGGGACAUGAGCAGAUCUGGAUCCAGAAUUCUGAAUAAUGUUACAGGUCUGGUUCGGAUCUGAUUUGAUUGGGUCUCGGAUAUGUGUAAUUUAACUGACUUGUCCGGAAGGGCCCGUACAGAUCCAAACUCAACUACAUACACACACAGAGACAGACAGAGAGAGAGAAUUAUGAUGAUGCAGGAAGCUCCUCUCUCACACUGUCGAAGACAUGGAGAGGCAGGAAGCUCCUCUCUCACACUGUCGAAGACAUAGAGAGGCAGGGAGCUCCUCUCUAACUCUGUCGAAGACAUGGAGAGGUACCUACACAGUCCCAACAUUGACCCUGUCUGCCGAGGAUGGCGUCCCUCCAAGCUGUCAUUGACCGCUACGCACAGAGGACGAGGAGCCCAACCAGCAUGGAUCAGGGGCAGGAGGAAUGGCCUAACAGGGAGCUCCAGCAUGGAUCAGGGGCAGGAGGAAUGGCCUAACAGGGAGCUCCAGCAUGUAGCAGGGACAUGAGGGAAUGGCCUAACAGGGAGCUCCAGCAUGUAGCAGGGACAUGAGGGAAUGACCCAGCCUGACGGAGUCGAGAGAGCAGCAGUAAACUACAAGGGAAAGGUCUUUAAUUUCUCCUGAGACUGAUAGUUCCGACUCAGAGCAAUAGAGCAGGAACCCUCUGAGCCAUUACUGAUCCUGUAUAUUCAAUACAAGGCCAAAAGUAUAUGGACAUCUGCUUGUCAAACAUCUCAUUGCAAACUCAUGGGUGUUAAACCCAUUUAAUCCCACAUUUUCCCAGACAUGAAAAUAUCAAAAUCAUUAGUGACCCUUUGAAAUAAUCAUUUUUUAAAUGUAAUUUUCAUGGAAAACUAGGUGAGAAUGUGAUGUAUACUGAAUUAACAUUUAUCCUAUGCAGUCAUCACCCUUCUUAUAUAUCCCAGCCCACUUAUGAAUUGCUUACAUCCAUGCCAGCCAUAGUAUCGGAUCAUGCUCUCAUCCACUGACAGCCAUUCCUGAAAUGGCAUGACUGUGUAUGACUGAUUGAGCUCAGAGAAGAUGGGCCUAAACUUAAAAAGUGUGUUCUCAGUGAUCUUUGUUGUCAACAACAUGAACUGAGGCCAUUAUUUAAUCAAAGUGAUUUAUCCGCAUUGAAUCUGAAGUGCUUUCAUUAGGUACAUCACUGUCCAGUGACCAGUACGUACAUGUGUCAUCUUGGAACAGAGCUGUACCCAGAUGGGACAAGGAUCCAAUCGAAUGUAAGGAGCUCAUCCAUACUCAGAUACAGUUGCUUGGUCUGGGUGGAGUAGAGACAUUUCAAUGGUGAUCUCUCUUAUGGUGGAUCCAUUAGUAGGAAAACAUCCAUUGGGUUGAGGGCAGCUUUGUUUUACACAUUCUGCAGCAUUGGGGCUGUAUACUAUGUGUUCUGGAAUCACAGCAUUGAGGCUGUAUACUAUGUGUUCUGGAAUCACAACAUUGGGGCUGUAUACUAUGUGUUCUGGAACCACAGCAUUGGGGCUGUAUACUAUGUGUUCUGGAAUCACAGCAUUGAGGCUGUAUACUAUGUGUUCUGGAAUCACAGCAUUGGGGCUGUAUACUAUGUGUUCUGGAAUCACAGCAUUGAGGCUGUAUACUAUGUGUUCUGGAAUCACAGCAUUGGGGCUGUAUACUAUGUGUUCUGGAAUCACAGCAUUGGGGCUGUAUACUAUGUGUUCUGGAAUCACAGCAUUGGGGCUGUAUACUAUGUGUUCUGGAAUCACAGCAUUGGGGCUGUAUACUAUGUGUUCUGGAAUCACAGCAUUGGGGCUGUAUACUAUGUGUUCUGGAACCACAGCAUUGGGGCUGUAUACUAUGUGUUCUGGAAUCACAGCAUUGGGGCUGUAUACUAUGUGUUCUGGAACCACAGCAUUGGGGCUGUAUACUAUGUGUUCUGGAACCACAGCAUUGGGGCUGUAUACUAUGUGUUCUGGAAUCACAGCAUUGGGGCUGUAUACUAUGUGUUCUGGAACCACAGCAUUGG